AAAGAAGAUUAACUUUCCCAAGUGUUAUGUCAAUAAUUUAUGAAUCAUCCAAUAAUUUUUCAUUUUUGUUUGGAAAAUGAUAAAUUUCAAACGUUUUUUCGAAAUAAACAAUGUCUGAUAUUAAUUUAAACAACUACAAUAACAGUGAUACGGAGAGCUCUGAAGAUGAAAUUGAACCCAAAUUGAAAUAUGUAAGGCUAUCAAAUGAUGUACAACAGAUUUUACUGACUUCUUCGGCGACAUGCAUUGCAGUACACCCAAAGUUCAUUUGCCUGGGUUCGCAUUGGGGCGUGAUCCACAUAUUAGAUUACCAAGGUAACAGUAUAGAAGGCAAAGAUUUGAAAGCACACACUGUUAGCGUGAAUCAUAUUUCGAUAGAUAUUAAUGGGGAAUUUAUAGCAACUUGUUCAGACGAUGGGAGAGUUUUUAUACAUAGCUUGUUUUCCAAGGAAAACAAUGUACAUCUCAAUUUAGGAAGGCUCGUGAAGACUAUAGCUUUAGAUCCUUAUUAUUUCAAAUUUGGAACGAAUAAGAGGUUCAUUACAGGCGAUGACAAGCUGACGCUGUACGAACGCACAUUCCUCGGAAAUUUAAAGCCUACAAUUCUUUGUGACAGCGAAGGCUUGGUCAGAAGCCUGUGCUGGGGGGAGAAUUUUCUAGCAUGGUCCAGCAAUAUCGGCGUAAGAGUCUACGAUAUGACAGCUAGAUGUUCCUUAGGGCUCAUCAAAUGGGAAGAACAUCCCAGCGGUUCCAUAGACAAAUUUAGGUGUAACUUGAGAUGGGCGGAUAGCAGAACUCUACUGAUAGGCUGGGUGGAUACGGUUAGAGUGUGCGUAAUAAGAAAACGAAGCAAUAUAGAAUUGGCGAACAGAGAUUUGCCUGAAUAUUUAGUCGAUCCAGUAUCUACCUUUCAAACUGAAUUCUACAUCAGCGGCAUCGCUCCUCUCGAUCAGCAAUUAGUUUUACUUGGUUUUCCCAAAGAGUUGGACGAAAAUCAAAAAUCUCUACGUCCUCAACUGUAUAUAGUAGAAUAUAGGGAUAACGACUAUACGGAUAUAUGUACUGACAGUCUUUCUUUGCGAGGAUACGAGGAAUACGGUGUUAACGAUUAUCAUUUGGAUGUUCUAUUGGAGGAAAGCCGAUUUUUCAUAGUGGCGCCGAAAGAUGUCGUAGUUGCCAGUCCGUACGAUUUGGACGAUAGGAUACAAUGGUUUAUACAGCACAAUAAAUUUGAUGACGCGUUAGACAUUCUUAUGCAAAACAGCACUAGAGACAUCCAGAGGCAUACCGUCCAAUCCGUAGGAAUAGAUUAUCUGGAUCAUUUGCUCAGUAGAGGAAUGUACGACAAUGCCGGUAGGUUGGGAUUGAGAAUUUUUGGACAAAAUCCGGCAUUAUGGGAAGAUCAGAUUUAUAAAUUUGCCAGCGUUCAUCAAUUAAGAUCCGUCAGUCCAUACAUUCCACGUACUCUCGAGUCAAAACUCAACCCGCACAUUUACGAAAUGAUCCUCUACGAGUACCUGAAACUCGAAGCUCAAGGAUUUUUAAAUUUAGUCAAAGAAUGGAACUCGGGUCUCUAUAACAUAGCAGCCGUAAUCAAUGCCGUUUUAGAGCAUUUACUUAACUGCGAAGUAGACAAAAACUUAUAUUUAGAAGCGUUGGCCAUUUUGUACAGUUACGAAAAGAAAUACGACAAAAGUUUGUCGAUGUAUUUGAAGUUAGAACAUAAAGAUGUGUUUACUCUUAUUCAAAAACAUAAUUUGUAUAGCGUUAUUCAUGAUAUGCUGUUGGAUUUAAUGGAUUUGGAUUAUAAACAAACGAUAGUUUUACUAUUACAAAAAAAUACAAUAUCGUCGGAUAAAAUCGUCGAAAAAUUAAGAUGGAAUGAAUUGCAUCUUUAUAGGUAUUUAGAUGAAUAUGAUAAAAAGAACCCCAAAGGGAAAUACCAUAAAGAUCUCGUAAGACUUUACGCGGUGUUCGCUAGAGAAAAAUUGCUGUCGUUUUUGAAAAAAUCGGAUCAUUAUCCUAUUCAAGAGGCUUUAGAUAUAUGUCAAAAGCAGAAAUAUUAUCCCGAAAUGGUGUACUUACUCGGUAGGAUAGGAGAUACCAAAGAAGCUUUAGCAUUAAUUAUAAACGAACUGAAAGACAUGCAGCAUGCUAUCGCUUUCUGCCAGGAACACGAUGACCCCGAGCUGUGGGAAGACCUAAUUAACAAAUGCGUAGAUAUACCAGAAUUCGUGACGUUUUUUAUUACAAAGCAUAGGCACAUUCGUGGAUCCCACUAUGUUGAUACUAAAAAUCAAAAAAGACACUUCGAUACCGGGGUUGAAAAAUUCUUUGGUUAAAAUGUUGAAUCAAUACAAUCUACAGGUUUCAGUGCAAGAGGGAUGUAAAAAAAUUUUAGUAUCGGAUUAUUUUAACUUGCAGAAAAAGUUGGUUAAAGUGCAUCAAAAGGGACACGUUUUGAAUGAUGAAGCGGUUUGCGGGGCUUGUCAUAGGAAGAUAAUUGAAAGAGAUCCGUCGAGAACUGCCAAUAUUGCCGUUUUUAAUUGUAAACACGCUUUUCAUGUCCAGUGUAUACCGGAAAAUCGGACUCGUUGUGGAAUUUGUUAUGCUACAGAACAAAAAUAG